AUGGCCGCCUCGGGGCCUCCAUCACCCAUCUCCGAGAAGCAAGCCUUCGACCUGAACCUCCAACACGGACACAAGGACCUCGUCCAAGCAAUCGCAUUCAAUACCUACGGUGACCGAUGCGCCACCGGCUCAGUAGACGGCAAGAUUCGCGUAUUCAACAGACAUAAAGACGGUACUUGGCGCUUAUGCGACACAUGGACAGCUCACGGAGGUGAAGUUCUCGAGCUCCAAUGGCUCCCCGCGACAAUAUACCCCAACCUAAUCGCCUCCCUCGGAAUAGAAGGCUGGUUCCGCCUCUGGGCCGAAGACCCCUCCGCCGCACCAGGCCGCCGCUUCUGCGCAGGUCGAUCCGUCGGCGGCCGACCAGCCUUUGACACACGGUCCACACGCGCGCCCUACCGCUCAUUCAGCAUGAAGCACAACGAGGAAACGCGACACACCUACCUCGCCCUCCUGGCCUCAGACGGCCGCCUCACCAUCUACGAAAACGACCAGCCAGAAAACCUGUCAGAGUACUCGUCGAUCGACGAAUUCAGCAUAUGCAACAAGCCGAAUCGCGGAGAAGAAGUCUCCUUCAAGGUACGCUUCGACCCAAAUCCAGAGCCCUGCUACACAGCCCUACGCGCAGGCGUCAGCGCCGACUCCCUAGGCAUAGUUGUCGCGGGGAUGGACACCGUGAAGAUAUACAGAUCGAGGGACAUAGUCACGGCAUCUUAUGGAGUUGCCCAGACCCAAAAGGAGUUUUAUCUCGCGGCAGAGAUCCCCGGCCACAGAGGGCUAGUGCGGGAUGUAGCAUGGGCGCCGGGCAAUAUUCGCGGAUACGACAUGAUAGCGACGGCAUGUCAGGACGGCUACGCACGUGUAUUUCGCAUCGACACACCCUUCUCCGAAGAUGACGGCAAGUCCUGGUCUGCAAAUGACCUGCUCAAAUCGAGGGGCCACGCAUCGUCCAAGGACUCGCCUACCAAGGAUGAGGCGGAGAAGCACCCGCAUCCGUCGUCGCUGAGCGCCAGUCUCGCCAAGUCGGGGAACGCGAGCGAUAGACAGUGGUCCGGACAGCCAGGGCAGGUGCAUCAUACGUAUAGGGAGAUCUCGCGACUGGAUAGCCAUAGGACACCUGUGUGGAGAGUGGGCUUUGACGACGAUGGACAGAUUCUGGGCAGUACGGGUGAUGAUGGGCGUUUGUUGUUUUAUAGACAGACGCCGGAUGGAGUGUGGGCUAAGAGCUCGGAGUUAGUAAUGGUGAAGGCGAGGAUGGCGGCGCCGUGA